CGCAAAAAGCGAGUUGGGUGGCGUGAACAGUAUUUUUUCUUUGUUUUUGGUUAGCCUUUCCGUGAAGUUGAAUCGUAAUCUUUUCCAGGAAAAUAUAAAACAUUAACUUCCUCCGGCUGGGAAUUUCUACCACGGUUUUCAUAGGUUGGACCGUUUUGAGCAGUUUUCACGAUGUCAUCUUUUAAAUUGUGGAUUUUCGUCGCCCUCUCUUGUGUGACAGUUCUGUUUGUUUAUGUCAACAACGUGGAGGGCUGCAACGAAGCAGUCUGCGCCAGUAUUGUCAGCAAGUGCAUGAUAACGCAGUCGUGCAAGUGCGAUUUGAAAAACUGCUCCUGCUGCAAGGAGUGUUUCAGCUGCCUCGCCCACCUCUACACAGAAUGCUGUUCGUGCGUCGAAAUGUGCCCCAAGCCGAACUUGACGGUAAGCGCGCUAAGCAGGAAAAGCCAUGUGGAAGAUCUGCCCGAGCCUCUUCCCAAUCUGUUCUUCGCCUUGACGAACGAGCCCGACGGCCAGCAGAGGUGGAAGACGUUCACCUUCCCCGUUGACAUAGACAUCGCACAUCUCAGGCCAAAAUACGAAAAGGAAGUUAAGUACUUGACAAUGAACAAUGCACAAGAGGUAGAUCCUCAGAAGGAAAUCAUGACCUUUAACUGCUCAGUCGCUUACAUGACGCAGUGUGUUUCCUGGAAUAAAUGCAAAGCAUCUUGUCAGUCUAUGGGUGCAACGUCAUACAGAUGGUUUCACGAUGGGUGCUGCCAGUGUAUAGGCGAUAAAUGUAACAACUAUGGAAUAAAUGAAAGCAGGUGUCUUGAAUGCCCGUUAAAAGAUGAAAGAGAACUUCCAGAUGAAGCAGAAGCCGAUUACGGUGAUGAGGAUGAUGAAGAGAUGUCUAUGUAAAGUAAAUUAACUUCUCAAAUACUGUGUGGACACCGCCUUUGAGACUGACUCCAUUUACGAUAUGUAUUUUGUGCCAUUGUUUUUAAUUUCAAUUUACUUGCUCUUAAGACAUUCCAUCAGUACCGAUGUUUUUAAGCAAGUGGUAAACUCAGAAUGCCAACAGAUACAAAUAUAAAUCGCUUAUAUAAGUCUUGUUAAUAACACUUUAAUGGUCUUAUUUUUUCAAGUGGGUUUUAUUAUUAUGACUAACAUUUAGUUUGUAUAAUUUAUGUAGGCUCUCUAUUUUAGUAAUAAUUUUAUUUUUCAUUUGUUAUAAAUGAAUUAAAGGAAUCAUUUGGAAGUUGCACUAAUUCCAAAGUUACCAUUUAUCAAAUACUUAAUAUUGUAAGUAAACUUGUUGGGGAAGUAGGAGUAGUUCGGUCUGAUGCAAUGAAAUAUAAUUGGACAUCAAACUCAAAAUUCCGUCCAUUAUAUUUUAUUUUUAAAUUGUGCCUUAAAUUAUUUUUAUUUAUAGCAAUUGCAUUUGUUAUCAAUGAAACCCACCGACUCGAUUUUUUUUUUUUUCAUAUAAAAACAAAAGUUUAUAUUUAUCUUUGUAAAUAAUAUACAUCACAAUAAUUCUAAUGUGUGUGAGAUUUUGUUACUGUUUGCAAUGAACUCGUGACAAAAAUAAAUUAUGAAAUACCCUUGAUAUUAUAAA